AUGCUCGGCCGGCCGGUUAGCCUCGCCGCCUGCGCAGCUCCCCUCCCAUCCGCCAAUAACGGCUCCGCCAUUGCCGUCCACUGCGCCGCGAAAGACGGAAAGGCGGCCGCCGCAGAGCCCAGCGCCUCUCACGGUCACACUGGCCGGCGCGUCGUCAAUCGGCGGCUGAUCCUCGGCGGACUUGCGGCGGGAAUGGCGGCGGUCGUGGGCUGCCCCAUUUGUGACUCUAACGGGGUAUCCUCUAUCGGGGCCGCAUUGGCCGCUGAUUCGAGCAAGGCCGACAACUCCGGGCCGAUGGAAUGGGGCGAUCUGUGCUCGGCGGGCGACGCGGCGCAGUCCGCAACCAGCGCCCCGCUGAACGCGGUAUCGAAGCUGACGCGAGACAACAGCCUCGGCAAUAUCACAUUCGCGUAUAAGAACGCCGACGCGUCGUUCCUCAACACGGGGCACGGCACAAUGCAGGCGAGUCGUUCAUUCGCCCAUUCUCCUCGCUGUUCUCGACCCCUCUCAACAAUGCCUCUCACCAAUGGUUUAUCUCCUCUAAACCGCUCACUCCCGCCGCCCACAGGUGAACUUCCCGGGCGGCAGCAACACGUGCGCGGUGGGCGGGCGGCAGCUGCAGCUGCUACAGUACCACUUCCACGCGCCCAGCGAGCACUCCUUCAACGGCGUGCGCUGCCCCAUGGAGGCGCACCUCGUGCACCAGUGAUGAUAGAGGCGGACCCACAAGCCCCGCGCAACCUGUGCCUGGAGGCUGCUCUGGCAUUCGCGCCGAGCGAGAAGAACAAGCAGAUAUCGGCGCCCCAGGAGUGCCUGGAGGUGGCAGUGGUGGGCAGGGGGGGUGCUCGCUCCGCCCUGCAGCAGUGCCUGCGCGUGCAGACCAGCCCGCAGCCACUGCUGCCAGCCACUGAUAGACCUGACGCCUCACACUCGUACAUUCACUACCAGGGCUCCCUGGCGGACCCUGCCUGCUCUGACGUGGUCGACUGGUUCGUGCUUGCCGCCCCUCUCAAGGUGCCCGACAGCCAGGUGUUGGAGUUCCUGAGCUACGUGGGCGACCGACGCACACUUGCCUUCAACUCCCGCCCCCGGCAGGACCUGGGCCCGCGCCGAGUCGCUGUGGGGCCUGCUUGA